AUUUCCCGGCGUGCCGCGCGCGCGGCCUUCUCUUCCGGCGCCAAGAUGUCGAAGCGGGGACGCGGUGGUUCAUCUGGUGCGAAAUUCCGCAUCUCUCUUGGUCUCCCUGUGGGAGCUGUGAUCAACUGUGCGGAUAACACAGGUGCUAAGAAUCUCUACAUCAUCUCUGUGAAAGGGAUCAAGGGGCGCCUGAACAGACUGCCAGCUGCUGGUGUGGGUGACAUGGUCAUGGCUACUGUCAAGAAGGGCAAGCCUGAGCUGAGGAAGAAGGUGCAUCCAGCAGUGGUAAUUCGACAGCGAAAAUCAUACAGGAGAAAGGAUGGUGUGUUCCUCUAUUUUGAAGACAAUGCAGGAGUGAUAGUAAAUAAUAAAGGUGAAAUGAAAGGUUCUGCAAUUACAGGCCCUGUGGCAAAGGAAUGUGCAGAUCUGUGGCCCAGGAUAGCCUCCAAUGCAGGAAGCAUUGCAUAAAUGUGUUCAUCUUUGUAGAGAUAAAAAUAAAAGUGCUUAUAUCAA